AUGGCGUUACCUCGAUACGGACGUGACCGCCAGCGUCUACGUCGUCAUGGUGCACUCCGAUUGAGACGCUUUAAACCGUUACAUUUACUUGCCGGUGGCUUCUUUGUGGUGUAUGUGGGUUUUCUUGCAAGCUGGCACUUUUUUGGGGACUUUUCCAGCUUGGAAAGUUUCAAGCUAGAAAAGUCCUUAAAGCGACACCUCGCACCGACGGUGCAGCUCAGUAAGCUGCGUAAAGCCAGCAACUCAAUGCAUAUUACAAGCGAUGAUGCAAUUGACGUGAAAAUUGCUGAGCGAAUAGAAGAACCGCGUGAAAUUAUGGAGCGCGGACGUCCCAAAGUCGUGCUUCCAACAACUUCACCUCUUUCUGCUGUUCCAGUAGCUACAAAUGUUGAUGUUACAGUGUUGGAAAAGCCGAACGAGGUGCAGAAAGUGGUGGUAAACAAAGAGCUUGAAGGACAUGGCUCGGGGAUGCCGAUGCAGACCGUGGAUGAGAUGACAAGGAUGCAGGAAGAGGUGCAGACUACCGAGAUGAAAGCUUCCGUGGAGUCUGCAGUGGUGGUUGAUGUGGAAAAGGUUGCUAUUGAAACUGUACCUGAGCAAAUUGCAGCGCCAUUGACGGUGGAUCCGUUCGCUGGGAGACAUCAGGAAAUAUCUGGAUAUGAAGCGACGAUGAAGUUUUUGGAGAAUUACCAGUACAAUCCGAAUGAGUCGUUGUUCCUUUUUUUCGUGUGUAGUGAUGAGCAAUUCAAGGCGAGCGACUGGUCUGAAGUUUGUGCAGAGGGAAAGAAGCACGUGUAUGACGUGUUUUCCAAGUCCCCAGAACGCAACCGACUUGUGACGGUGUUUGCAGGUUCGGAAAAAUACUGGAAAUACCAGAAUGAGUUUUACAAUGAUCCGGACUUGCACGUGAAGGGUGUGCCUUGUAUUAUGAAGUGGGAAGGACACAGUGGCAGGACGGAAGGAAUGCUUGUGAAGCGAUCGUUGUAUGACGAGCCGUUCUUGCGGUAUUUGUUUAAGAACAUGGACCAACCUGAGGUACUCUUUGUUCCAGAAGACAUUAAAAACAAGCAGAUUAUAACGGUAAAAGGCUACGAUAGUUAUGUGGAUUUCAUGGCUAAGUAUGAGUAUGAGGAAAACCCGGUCCCUACAUUCCUAAUGAUGGUAGCAGGCCGAUUCCAAAACAAUAACAGACCGUGGUGUCCGUAUUGCCGGUACUCGGAGUUACCCCUUGAGUACGCUUUCUACUCGUAUGCUCCAAAGAAUGCCCGGAUGAUUCGCGUGGAAGUCGCAGACACGUACUCAGAGUGGAAAAAGCGAAACGAGUUCACCCGCGACGAAAAUUUGCGACUCAACCUUGUGCCGCUAAUGUUUUACAUUCAGACGAUUCCCGCUGCCACCGCGAACGACACCAAGUCGAUCAUAUUCACCUCACACAUGACUCGUUACGACGAACUGGACCCGUUACGCGAGUUUUUCACAAGUUUUGCAUAG